AUGAGUCCAAGGCAAGAUGAAACUAGUGACCCUAAGCUGAAAUGUGGGACAUGCAAGGCUGAUCCUCGAGAAGACACAUUAGGGAUGUUGCACAGAAUUUCUGUCUUGUCUUCUUUAGCUGAAUCAGACUUCAGCUCUUCCUUGUUCUUCAGUCGACGCCCGACGACAGCUGACAGUCGACAGUCUCCUUCAACCGUAAUUUCAGCCGACUCGGAAAGACAGUCUCCAUUUUCGGAUUUUCUUUCCAGUUCAGUUAUCCAGAUUUGUACAUCCCUAGUCUUGGGUGUUCCUGCAAUGGUGAUAGUUGUUACAAGAUAUGGUUAUCUUAAGGGUGUGCUGCGUAGAGAUAUAUGGGGCCAUCCAAACAUGAAAUUAUUCUCAUCAGUCUCAUCUCUCACCUCACUGUUUGAAAUUGAAACCCAGUUGAGAGUUCUCUGUGAAAAACCUAAUUCUCAAUUUUCAGAUGCUGUUUCGUUGUUUGAUAAAGCCCUAUGUUUGAAUCUAUUUCCAUCUGGGUCAGUUUGUAAUUCACUCUUGGAAUCUCUUUUGAAGUCCAAAAAUUAUGAGUAUGCCUUUUCAGUUUAUAAUAAAAUGACCCGUGUUGGUAUUUCUCCAAGUUUUAGAUCGAUGAGUGGUUUAAUUGAAGGUUUUUUGUAUACACAUAGGCUUGAAUUUUCAUUAGGUGUCAUCGGGUUAAUCAUAAAGCGUGGUUUUUAUGUGAAUAUUUAUGGAAUUAAUCUCAUAUUGAAGGGUUUGUGUAGAAAUAGUGAGGUUGACAAGGCAAUAGUGUUGUUUAGUGAGACUAAAAGAAAUGGUGUGUUGCCUGAUAUUGUUAGUUAUAAUACAGUUAUAAAUGGACUUUGUAGAGCAAAAAGAUUGGAGGAAGCAUUGAGUUUUUUGUUAGAUAUGGAAGCCAUAGGUUGUUGUCCAAGUUUUGUUACAUAUACCACUUUGAUAGAUGGCCUUUGUAAGGAUGGGAAGGUGGAAGAGGCUGUGGGACUUUUUAAAGAGAUGAAGAGGAAAGGUUUGGCUGUGGAUGUUGUUGUGUAUGGCGCCCUUAUAAGUGGUUUUUGUAAUAAAGGAAGCUUUGAUAUGGGAAAGGCUCUCUUUGACAAAAUGUUGGAGGAAGGAAUUUCUCCUAAUGUAGUUACAUACAGUUGUUUAAUGCGUUGUCUUUGUAAGAAGGGGCAAGUGGAAGAAGCAACUUCAAUGCUAAACUCUAUGAUGGACCGUGGGAUUCACCCUGAUGUUGUUGCUUAUACAAUUUUAAUUGAAGGUCUUUGUAGGGGUGGGAGGGCCACUAAAGCUAUUGAUCUAUUGAAUUUAAUGCUUAAAAAGGGUGAAAAGCCAAGCGUUAUAACUUAUAAUGUCUUAAUAAAUGGAUUAUGCCAGGAAACUCUUUUUGAUGAAGCUUAUAAAAUUAUGAAAAUGAUGAUAGAGAAAGGGAAUAUACCUGAUGUGGUUUCGUACAAUACAUUACUGAGGGGACUUUCCAAGAAUGGCAAGGUUGAUGAAACUUUGGAACUUUUUAAUUCAAUUGUAAAGGAUGAGAGAUAUGUUGAACCAGAUGAUAUGACAUUUAACCUGCUAAUUCAAGGGCUGUGCAAAGCAGACCGUCUUGAUGAGGCUAUGGAGAUUUAUCAUGUAAUGGUUGAGAGGGGGAGCUCAGGUAAUUUGGUGACUUAUAAUAUUUUAAUUGGAAAAUAUCUUAUGGUUGAAGCAAUUGAUAAGGCCUUGGAAAUGUGGAAACGUGUAUUUGAAUUGGGGUUUGUUCCAAACUCAAUCACCUACAGUAUCAUGAUUGAUGGAUUUUGCAAAAUGGGUAUGCUUAAUGUUGCAAAAGGAAUAUUUAGUAAAAUGAGAGUUUCUGGACUUGGCCCUACAUUGUUUGACUAUAACACAUUGAUGGCUUCUUUGUGCAAGGAGAGUAGUUUGGAGCAAGCCAAGAGAUUGUUUCUUGAAAUGAGAAAUUCAGACUGUAAACCAGAUGUCUUUUCGUUUAAUACCAUGAUUGAUGGAACUCUUAAAGCAGGUGAUUUUCAAUCUUCCAAAGAGUUACUGAAUGACAUGCUUCAGAUGGGUGUGGCUGCUGAUGCUUUAACCUUUUCCACAUUAGUAAAUGGGUUUUCAAAAGCUGGACAGUUGGAUGAGGCUAAAAGUUUGUUUCAUAAAAUGGUUGAUAGUGGCUUUACACCUGAUGCCUGUGUGUAUGAUUCACUCCUAAAAGGUUUUAGUUCAAAAGGUGAAGCAGAAGAAAUUUUUAAUUUGAUCCAAUAUAUGGCACAAAAGGGUGUUCCUCUUGACUUAGAAUUAACUUCAACCAUCUUGAUAUGUCUGUGUAAUAUCUCAAAGGAUCUUGAUGUGGUGAAUCUUUUACCUACAUUUUCCCAAGAAAUGUCCAAAGGGACAAGCUUCUCUUGCAAUGAAUUAUUGUCAAAACUACAAGAGUAUCACCCGAAGCUUCAUUUACAAGUUGCUUAGAAUUUCUCAAGUCAGGAAUAAUGCUCACUGCUUCUUGAAUUGUGACCUUAUAGAGAGAGAUAUGGUGUCCCCUUAACAUGCUGCUUUCCAGGGACAUUCAUAUGAUGCUUGCAAGUAGCAAAAAAGUGAAGGAAGCAAACCGCCCUCAGAAGCAACUAAUGUCGUGGUGCAGAGAGAGAUAUGGUGCCCCCCUUAACAUGCUUGUUUAAUCAGCAUUGCUUUGGUGAUAUCAUCUAGGCUUUGUUAGAUACUGCACUGCCGGCAGAAGCAAUAUAUGAUAAUUUGAGAAAUCUCCUGAUCCCCCAAUAUCUUUGGCUGGUGUGUUAUUGAGAAUUGCAAGAAAGAUGAAGGAUGAGUGUAAGAGUUUGAAGAACAAGAAAGAAGGAGGAAUAUUGUGAUGAUGCACUGCUAUUGUUACUGCAGUAGGUAAAGUUACCAUAGCAAAGGGUUGAAAGAUAAUAUAGCAAGGCCCGUUACAUCAACUAGUAAUCUUUUUGCUAGUCGGAUUGGGCUGCGACUUCUUCUGUAAAUUAACAUUAUUCAGGUAGAAAAGACUCACUUUGUGAACCUUGACUUGCAUUGAGGAAUAUUUUCAUCCUUAUUAAUUGUUUCAAAAAGCGUGGUCAGUGCCAUGUGAAUGCACUUUUUACU